AUGGUUGCUCCAAGAGAAACUAAGAAAAGAACCACUAGAAGAAAGAAGGAUCCAAAUGCUCCAAAGAGAGCUCUAUCUGCUUACAUGUUCUUUGCUAACGAGACAAGAGAUAUUGUUAAAGCUGAAAAUCCAGAUGUUUCUUUUGGUCAAGUUGGUAGAAUCUUAGGUGAAAAGUGGAAGGCUUUAACCGCUGAAGAAAAAAUUCCAUUCGAAGCUAAGGCUGAAGCUGAUAAGAAGAGAUAUGAAUCUGAAAAAGCUUUAUACAAUGCUACUAAAGCUUAA